AUGGCGGCAAAUGGAUACGACAUCGUACCGUGCGUCGUAAGACAAAAACGCGACAAAUGGCUAAAAUUCAACCACUUCAAAGCAACGAUAAAACAAGCUCUAGAAAAGCUAAACGAGCUCGUAGACGAGUCGGAUCCUGACACCGAUCUGCCCAACAUCGUGCACGCUUUUCAGACUGCUGAGAGGAUCCGGGAAGACCACCCAGAUGAGGACUGGUUCCAGUUGACUGGACUAAUUCACGACUUGGGCAAGGUAAUGGCGUUCUACAACGAGCCGCAAUGGUGUGUCGUUGGCGACACUUUCGUUGUGGGUUGCAAGUGGGCUGACUCAAUCGUCUACGGCCCAGAGAGCUUCAAGGACAACCCCGACACUUACAAUCCUAAAUACAACACUAAAUACGGCAUGUACUCACCUCAUUGCGGGUUGGAGAAGCUGCUGAUCUCCUGGUCACACGACGAAUACCUCUACCAGUUCCUGAAACACAACAACGCCAAGAUUCCCGAGAAAGGACUGCUCAUGAUCAGGUACCAUUCAUUUUAUCCGUGGCAUGCAGGCGGCGACUACCGUCACCUUACCAAUGAGAAGGACGAAGAGACCCUAAAAUGGGUGCUGGAGUUCAACAAAUACGACCUCUACACCAAGAGCGAGCAUGUGCCAGACAUCAAAGCUCUUUGGCCUUAUUACGAAAAUCUUAUAGAGAAGUACAUACCUUGCGGUAUCUGCGAGUUUUGAAUUGUUUAUU